GGGGAGAGAGAGCAGCCGGGAGAGAACGAGAGAGAGAGACAGAAAGAGAGGGAGAGAUAGAGAGAGAGAGAGAGAGAGAGAGAGAGAGAGAGAGAGAGAGAGGGAGGCGGAAGAGGAGGAGGAGGAGGGCGAUGAGUCAAUACAACUAAUAAUUUAAUGGGGACACGCAGGGAGAGCCGGAGCGAGAGAGGGGGAGAGACCGAGAGGCGCAUAGCCGAGGCACAGGAGCUCCGAGCCCGAGCAGCAGGACACCUUCCUCCGCCUCCUCUUCCACCUCCAGGCGGCAGCGGCGGUGGUAGUAGCAGCGCGGCCAGCCUUGCGUAUGAGCACCCGGCUAGGGAGCGACGUUUAUCCGCGACAUAGGGAAAGUGAACGGCACUUUUUGACCUCCCCUCGUAUUUUUCCCCCCUCUCCUUGUUUUUAAUGUGGCGAACCUGUUCCGUGCUCCUAUCGCGUUCCGGCUCCGCGCUACGAACAACCGCCGAGGGGACGGUGGCUCGGUCCUCUGCGCUCGCUAGCUAGUUUCCAAGCCCCCGGGUUUGAAGCGGCGUGUCGCCGGUGGCGGCGGCGGCGGCGGCGGCGGCGGCUACCAUGUUCCGUUCCGUACGCUGUCCGCUUCCCGGCGGCGGCUAGCGGGCAGGCUGGCAGCCUCUCCCCACCCCCCACCCAUCUUCCCACGGCCAUGUUUGUGUCAUUUUUUUUGGGGGGGCGAAGUAGCGGCUAACCGUUCACUUUACCCACGUUUGUUGUUGUUGUUCUUCGGUUUGUUUGUGCGUGUCCAUGUCGCCGGACGGUGUAAUCUAGCGUAGAGCAGACACUCACCCAGCCACAACACCGGUCGGUGGUCCCGCCUCUUGCCCACCGGAGCCCCCUAGAAGCCGGUUUGACUUCCGCCCCCCGUAACUCACCUGCACGCAGGAAGUUUUUUUCCCCUUUAUUCAUUAUUAUUACUGUAUUGUUAUUUAAAAACAUUUUUCAAUCUACCCUGGCCAAACUUGAAGAAAAGAGGAAUCCAAGUGGUGGCAAGCUGCUGCUUUUCAGGUGACUGUAGUGAGUCGAGGGUUGCUGAGAGGAUGAUGGACCAUCUCAGCGAGACGUGUCUGGGCAAGGAGAACGCCGAGCUGGUCAACAGCAUUGCCGAGGGCAAGCCCCCGCCGGCCAAGCUGCCCCGCAUGGAGCAGAACGGCAGCCCCCUGGGGCGGGUCAGGCUCGGCAGCACUGGCGCCAAAUUGGCGGGGCUGCCCUACAAGCCUGCCAAUCACCUGCUGAAGACCUGCCACAAGCGAGGCAACAUGCUGCCCGUCUUCUGCGUGGUGGAGCACUACGAGAAUCCUAUGGAUUUUGACAGCAAGGAGGAGCACGCUGAAUUCGUGCUGGUGCGCAAGGACAUGCUCUUCAAUCAGCUCAUCGAGAUGGCGCUGCUCUCGCUAGGCUACUCGCACAGCUCGGCCGCCCAGGCCAAAGGUUUGAUUCAGGUGGGAAAAUGGAACCCCAUUCCUCUGUCAUACGUGACAGAUGCGCCCGACGCCACGGUGGCUGACAUGCUGCAGGACGUCUACCACGUCGUCACGCUCAAGAUCCAGCUGCACAGUUGUCCUAAGCUGGAGGACCUGCCACCUGAGCAAUGGAGCCACUCUACAGUAAGAAACGCCCUCAAGGAGUUACUCAAAGACAUGAAUCAGAGCUCUCUGGCUAAAGAAUGCCCCUUAUCACAGAGUAUGAUUUCCUCCAUUGUCAACAGCACUUACUAUGCAAAUGUGUCGGCGGCAAAGUGUCAAGAAUUCGGGCGCUGGUAUAAACAUUUCAAGAAGACAAAGGAUAUGAUGGGCAUCCGCCAACCUUCCCAGCUGGAAGGCUACCUGGGCACGUGCGUCCUCCGCGAGAGCCCCCGUGCUAAUGCACUAGCCGAGAUGGACGGCCUGUCCGAUCUGUCGCCGCCCGGCUCCAACCACAACCACAACCACCUGGGCUUCUCCCAGCAGCAGCAGCCCAUCCCGGGCAGUACAGCGGAGCAGACGCCGUCUUCCCCUGUGCCCCCGCUGUCCCACGCCCCGCCGCCGCCCCCGCAGCACGCAGGGGCCCAAGCGGGCGGGCGGCAGCCGCAGAUGCCCCCCGGCCUACACCACCCGGGCCUGGUGUCCACACCCAUCAGCCCCCAGCUGGUCAACCAACAGCUGGUGAUGGCGCAGAUCCUCAAUCAGCAGUACGCAGUCAACCGGCUGUUGGCGCAGCAGUCGCUGUCUCAGCAGUACCUCAACCACCCGCCCGUCAACCGCAGCUCGCACGCAAAGCCCCUGGAGCCGCAAGUGGGAUCCAACACCGAGGUGUCCUCUGAGAUCUACCAGUGGGUCCGCGACGAGCUCAAGCGGGCCGGCAUCUCGCAGGCCGUCUUCGCCCGUGUGGCCUUCAACAGAACCCAGGGCUUGUUGUCCGAAAUCCUGCGGAAAGAAGAGGACCCGAAGACGGCCUCGCAGUCACUGCUGGUCAACCUGCGCGCCAUGCAGAACUUCCUGCAGCUGCCUGAGGCCGAGCGGGACCGCAUCUACCAGGAGGAGAGGGAGCGCAGCCUUACCGUCGCCUCCGCUAUGGGCGCCGCACCGCUCAUCAGCACGCCGCCCAGCCGGCCUGUUCAGCCGCGGAGAGAAGACUGUAACAGCGUGCGACCCGAAGACUGGAACCCUCGCAUUCCCGUGGGCCUUUCUCCUGUGAAGCCGUCGCCUCUGCCUAGUGAGUGGAACGGCAAAACGGAGAGCUGCAUCCUCAACAUCAACUCCAACAUCUAUGACGAGAUCCAGCAGGAGAUGAAGAGGGCCAAAGUCUCCCAGGCACUCUUCGCCAAAGUGGCAGCCUCCAAAAGCCAGGGUUGGCUGUGUGAGCUUCUCCGCUGGAAGGAAGAUCCGUCUCCGGAGAACCGGACGCUGUGGGAGAACUUGUCAAUGAUCCGCCGCUUCCUCAGCCUGUCGCAGGCCGAGCGCGACGCCAUCUACGAGCAGGAGAGCAGCAGCGGACAGCAACACCACACCAACGCCGCGGACAGGCCGUCGCACUUCUCGCACGUCUCCGCCGACCAGCUGCAGUCUCAGCACCAGUCGGCCCUGAGCCUGCAUCACCCGUCCCAGCCCUUCCCGUGCCAGCAGCCCCCCUCGGGCCCCCGCCUGCCCCCCCGGCAGCCCUCCACCGCCUCUCCGGCCGAGACGGAGGACGACGUGGUGCGCGGCCUGGUCAAGUCGCGCACGGGCGGCGGCAAGAUCUCCCUGGAGGCUCUGGGUAUCCUGCAGAGCUUCAUCCAGGACGUGGGCCCAUACCCGGACGAGGAGGCCGUCCACACGCUGUCCGCCCAGCUGGACCUCCCCAAACUCACUGUCAUCAAGUUCUUCCAGAACCAGCGCUUCUACGUCAACCACCCGGCCAAAGCGCCCAAGGAGACGCCGCCCGCUAACAACGGCAACAACAACGCGAGAAGCAGCGGCGGCAGCUGCAGCAGCGGCGGCAGCCCCGCCGCCUUCGACGAGGAACCCUCGGGCCCCAGGGAGGGCGGCGACGCCCUCAAGGAGACGGACGAGAGCACGCAGACCAACAGCAACGCCUUCGUGGUCAAGACGGAGGAGCGGAUGGGGCGAGGCGGAGGAGGACUCACGCCCGUGACGGAGCAAGCCAACGACUAAAAGGAACAAAAGACAGGCCUGGACUCCCGACGAGUUUUGCAUUUUGUAAAAGUAUUGUAUUAUUAUUAUUAUUAUUAUUAUUAUUAUUAUGAUGAUGAUGAUGAUACACUGUAAAGACUCUUCUGGCAUCGUUUCUGGCAAAAUGUACAAAGAAACAAAACAAGUGGAAAUCAGGUGCAAAUCGUUCGCCUAAUAGCAUAAUCAUUUCUAAACAUUUUUGGAAAGGAAGAAGAGUUCAAUCUUUUUCCACUUUUUGCUCCUCCCCCGAUUUCUGAUCCGAUUUUACAAUUCAACCUUUGUGCAUUCCCGUGACCAUGACUGACAAUCUACAUAGACAUAAAGGAAAACAAGAACGUUGCUAUUUUGUUUCUUUAAUUGACCGUAAUUACAAUGGCAGACUGCGCUCAGUCUUUACGGACAUGUUCACACGUACUGCAGUUGUUUAAAAAGGUAUUGUUUUACUCUUUCACACCAUUAAAAACAUCUUCUAUACGUCCAUACAUAACAUACAUUUUUUCAAAUGUCUCUGUCCACAGAAAUCCAUAAUUCUCCUCAGAUUCUUUAUCUCCAAAAAUGCUCAUUUAUUCUCGGAAGAUUGACUUUUUUUCUAAAAUAACGUUUCUCAAAAAUGUGUUCAUGUAGAGUUUUUCUAGGCAAAUAGGACUCAUAAGAUAACGCCAUUUUUUCCCGGGGAAAAAAAUACUAUUCUCGUAAGGUUUGCACAUUGUCGAAAAAUACAAUUUGAAUAUAGGUUAUGAAUAAAAUAUUCUCAUAAGAAUAUGGUGGUUUUGCUAAAAAUAAUUAGUUUCUUGCUAAAUUAUUAGUUUUCUAAAAAAAAAAAAGAAAAGAAAUAUACUUUUAUUGUUGUAGGAUUACAAUGGAUUUUCCAGAAAAAAUUAUUUUGCGGAAAAUGUCACUACCUUCAAGAUUUCAGUUUCUUUUCCUGAAAAGAUCUGACUUUAUUUUUAUAAGAUUUUGAGUUUUUGCUUUCAGAAAACACAACUAAUCAUAAGAUUAUGACUAGUUGCCCAGUACCUAAUUCCGAGAAUAUUUUUCUCAAUAUAAAAUAUGGCUAUUAAUGUAAGGUUAACCUUACAUUAAUAGCCAUAGUAACCUUUUCCCCUCAACAAUAAGUAAUUAUUCUGGUAAAAAUACUUUUUUUGUUGUUGUUUACAUUUGACCAAUCUCAAAAGAUUGCAUCUUUUUUCUCUUAAAAAACAUUGUUUUUCUAAAAACAAAAUUCCAAAAAAUAAAACAUCCAUCUUUUUCACAUAAAGUAUUUACUUUCCCCCUCAAAGUUCAGUUAUUCUGCUUCAAUUUACUUUUUUCUUUUGAAAAAUACGAUUCAUCUGUAAGAUUACAUUUUAAUUAGCUCCUCCCAAAACGUAUUUCUUUUUUUCUGCUUAAGAUACUUUCUCCAAAUACAAAAUGAUUCUGUUAAAAGUGCAUCUAUUUUUUCCUGAAACAAAUGCAACUAAUUUCAAGGUCAAAUAUUAUUAUUAUAUAUUUAGAACCCCCACACUAUUUUGAUCCAAAAAAAAACAGUUUUUUUCUGCAUGAGAUAUUUACCUUUUUCCUCAAAACACCAUGUGACUGUGGUGAAAUUACAUCUUUAGUCUUGAAUACUAUGACUAAGAGUAAGUUAAAAUAAAAAAAAGAAUAUUUAAAAAAAAACCAUCUUUUUUCUUCACUUUUCUUUUUUUACAAUUAUGACUUUAAUCGCUUGAAAAACACAACUAUGGGCCAACAAUCCAAAAAUUAAAAAAACAUUUCUUGAAUUAAGAAUGAGUAUUUUAAGAUUUCCUUUUUCUCAAAAAUACUUUUUUAUAUAUAAAAAAGCACCCCAUAGUUCUGUUGUUGCAUAAUAUUUUCCUCAAAAUAAAAAGAUGUCUAAUUCAUUUAAAAAAAAAAAAAACUUUUCUGUUUAAGACGCUUUGUUUUUUCAGCAAAAUACAGUUAUUCUGAAAUAAUUACAUUUUUUCUCAUAAGAUUGUCUUUUGUUCCUCUAAGUCUUAUUUUCAUGCAAGGUUUUUUCAUGUUGUUGUUUUUUUUUUUUUUUUUAAGUACGACCAAUGCUGAGGACAAGAGUUGUGGACAGAUUUCACCCUAGCCAGUUUUUCAAAAGUUGAGCUUUUUUCUAUUGAAUUAAGAAUCUGAAUUUUCAUUGUGGACAAAGGGCAAUCUAAAAAAAAUCCUUAUUAGAACGUAAGUGCGUACGUGUGGACACGUCCUCCCACUGACUUUCUUUCUAUCUUGGAGCUCCUGAUUUGGUCGGAAAGUAUAAAAAUCCAUGCGGGUCUUCAUUUUUUAUUUUAUUUUUUUUAAUUCCCGUGAACGACUUUUGUGGUUUUACGUGCGUGAUGUUUUUGUUUAUUUGUUUAAACAAAAAUCAAGGACCAAGUUGUUUGACAAGGCCUUAAAAGACCACAAGGUGUCACGUAUUCUUCUUCUUGACAUUCUUCUCAAUCGUAUGAUGAUCAACAAGCUGUGUGGUUUGUUGGGGAUGGAAUAGAAUCUAAGGAAAAGUUUCUCUCUACUUUAUGUGUAUAAAUAAAUAUCUGUGAUAUAUAUGAUCAAACUAUGCCAACAAUGCCUUGUACCACACGGUUCCUUUUGCCACUGGAACACACAAUGAGAAAUGUGAAUGAUGCCAUCUUUCUUAUUUAUUUGCAGUGUUGAUGAUGUAACUUUUUUUUUUUUUUUUUUUAACAUUCCUUUCCCCCCCUCAUUUCUUUCCUAUUUAUAAAUGGACGGACAGAGAAGAACAAAAAGUGUCUUAAAUGUUUUCCGUGGAGAAAUGUGCUUUAAAGGUGGCCAAGAGUCCCAGAAAGAAAAAAAAAAAAAAAGUGGCAUUGAUUUCAUGUUGUAUGCAAUUUUUACAAGGAUCAUGCAAAUAAGCUUAAUAAGCGUGUAGAGAGAGAGAGAGAGAGAGAGAGAAAAAAACCAUUAUGCAAUCUGUGUGGAAAUCAUGUCUGUCUUCCUUGUUUGGUUAACCAGCUAAUUGCGUACAACACAUUUGUUUUCUAAGUGCUCCCUCCCUGCAGACGCGCUUCUCGCUCUUUUAGCUGGCCGACGGACUUUUGAUGUUUGCAAAAGUGUACAUAGCACAUAUGUACACGUGCGCGUGUGUUCGUAUUGUUGUAAAUAGAGUGCAAAUGUGCUGAGCCGAGAAAAGUCUGUGGUGCCUCUCUUUCACUCAGCUUCUUCUUCUUCUGCAUCUUCUCGUGGCGAGUGUGUGUCGAGCACCUGGGAAACGGCGGUUGGAUGGUUAGCGGGCCAACAGAUGCGCCCACACCCCUCACCUGUUUAGUAGCCGCCGCCGUGUGUACCAGUCGGGUCGGUCUGCGCUGGCAUUCUAUUGGUGUUCUGCUGUUUUGGGUUUUUUUCAUGAAUAAACAAAAAGCCACAGUGAAACGUUC